AUGCAUUGUGAGCUUGUCGAGGUAGUUGUUGAAGCCGCGCUGUUGAAUAAAGUUUGCUGGUUAGAUGUGUCUGGAAAGUUCGACACAAAAGACCUGUCUCUAGGGAUAAAAUACGAGGUGGUUUUCGUGGUUAAGCUAGAGGAUACAGCUUACGGAUGGGAUUGGGCACCGGUUAAGCUGAAAUUGGUCAUGCCCAGUAAUAGCGAGACACCUCAAGAGCAUAGUGUGAGCUUUGAGGAACACAUUGGGAAGCAAUGGAUAGAUAUUCCCGCCGGUGAGUUCAUAAUGUCUAAGGAGAAUGCAGGAGAGAUCAGUUUCUCAUUGUAUGAACAUGAAGCCAAUAUGUGGAGGUCAGGGCUUAUAGUCAAAGGCGUUUUAAUUCGUCCUAAAUACCAAGUCUAA